CCGUUACUGACGACGAAAACACACUCCGUGUCACGAAAAUUGAAUUGAAAACUGGACCGAGCAAGGUUUGGUUUUGCAAGGGAACUACUGACUUCCAACGCCGGCUCGGUCGCAUGUAACUCCGUGAGUGUGAGUUGUAACGGCCAAUGAUUAUGUUCCGACUGGUUGUUGCAUGGUAUAGCGGCGUUCGGUUCCACGCAAAGAUUGCUUGUAAGGCUGCCUGAUCAGUCAUCGCGUGUAAUGAUCGAGUGAGUGCUAGUGUAGUAGUGGCUGAACCGCGGAACGACGUACCUAAGAAUACUUGAUGCACCGAGACAGCCUAGCUUGGUUCGAGACUGAACUGAAGGAGACAUCGAGAGAGGUAGGAGUGAAUGUGACGAUUGCUUACAAAUAUACUCCACCAAUCAACCGAAUCAACAAGCUGAGCUUCUGCCUCGCGACUGCCCUUACAGUUACAUGACAGCGAUCAACGAGCAGCCCUAGCCCUGGCGAUACUGUGCUACACCGUACACGAGUCCAGACUGAGGUGUUGUGGGAGAAGCAGACCGUACCUGAGCUGCGUGCGUUUACAACUGAUGAUGAAGCAUCGCACUUACGGCCCUAGCCUGGCCUAGGCUAUACAACAGCUGGUAGUACUACAGUCCGCUGGAGUUCACCGGUCAUAGUCCAUCAAGAGUAACAAACAAGACGUUAACGUUAGCUCUCCCUCCACUUACAAAGUUAGUUGAAACUUGAAGUCACUGUUCCCAGUACCAGCAAAGAUACCAGACCAGCAGUGACAAAUCAUCCUGGUUGAUUGCUAGAAUGUAGUUAUUGUGAUCAGUAACCCUGCAAGCUGAAUACCCAAACACACGCUGGCACACAUGCACACACACACACAUGCAGUAUGCUGCAUUGAAUCACUACACUGAUUUACCGGCAUUCUAGAUCUCUUCAACCAGCGGAUGGUCAAUCUGUACAUCGACCAUGCUAGCUGAGCCGCAGCCGGCGUCAGCGCAAAGCCGUCCAGAGAUGAUGGACAACCCGAAUCUGACGUUCAGCCCGCAGAUCAACGAGCACAGCCGGCGCCUGGCCUCGGCAUCUGCACGCCGUUCCAGCAGUCGCAUAUCGGAGGCAUUCGCCAGUGUCACUAUGUCCACCUCCCCUGUAAUCAACACUGCCAGUGGUGCCCUUGUGGCAUCGGCUCAGGAAUCGGAGGCCGGCAGUGCAACUGAGAACAUGUGCACACGUGAUGUAGCUGCUGCCUCCUCUUCUGGUGCGGACAAUAUCUCUGGCUCUCAGGACAACGUGAACACGGAAGAACAGGUUGAAGCACCAUCCAACGGGGCACCCAACGGAACACCAGCGCCGGGUUGUGCCGUGACGAACGCCGCGCUCAAGCCAAAGCUGCCACCGCUACACUUGCAUAAAGAACCUCGAAAAUUCAGUUUUGAUUCACAGCUGACGUUUGCACCGCGGAUCAACCAGAACAGCCUGCGCAUCCUUGCCAACAGCAACAGAGACCAAGUAGGCUUAGUGGAGCGCCUCACAACACAGCGUCCCAUUGAUCCGGAUAAAAUUGUCAAGCCACUGACAUUCCGACCCGAGGUCAGCAAACGUAGCAUGCAGAUGGCGGAGAAGCUAACCAGUACUUUCCUAAGUCGCCAGCAGGCAGUCGUCGAGAAGCGGAACCAGCUGAUUCCACAGGGGAAAGCAAACAUGAUCGGCCAAAACAGAAGGUCGGACAAGCCGGAUCAGGCAAAACUAGCGGCGAAGAGACUCCCCACCAAGCUUGGAUCAAUGGCAAUCGCCGCCAUAAACCUGCCAGUGAAGCUGUCAGUCGCCCGCAAGCUUGCCUUCAGUCGUCACCACAACCUACAUGCAGACAACACUGCUGCGAAUGACAAGGCAACAGCAACUAAAUCGCAGAACAGCAUGACUACAACGUCUAUACCUGCAGCAGCAGCAGCGGCAACAACAUCUGAACACAAAGUUGCACAGCAGAGAAGUCAAAAAAGUAAUAUGUCUCCCGUAAAGCCGCCAGUAGCAGGAAAGCAAACCAUGAAGACACCGACGAUAAAAACUUCUCCAGUAAAGGCAUUAUUCCGGAAGAAUAGCUCUUCGUCUUCGUCUUCAGUAGAUAGCAAGUCCAAGGUCAAUGAUCAUGACAAAGGAUCUGUGGAAGUUACGGAAAUGACGGUGACGGUGGGUUCCUUGGACACACACCUGCUUCUGAACUUAAAUAGUGCUGCCAAGGACCAUGCUGGCGUGUCUGCAGUAGAUGAGACUACCACCUCUGUAGCCGCUGCAGGCAAAAUGGCACGGGUUAAAACUCCUGUCAAUGCCACCGGGGAAGACGCAACACCAGCCAGCGAUCAAAAAAGCGAUGAUGGCGGCUCGGGCGACUCUGACAGUGCAUGCCGUCCCAGUUCGCCAAGCAAGGCGGUGCACAAGAAGACGCUGAAGAAAGCAGCACCUGCAUUGCCGGGCCAUAUGGACAUUGAUCGUGUGAAACGUGUCAAAGCCAGAGCUGCACAAGCAUUGAAGCAAAAACGAAUAUUCACCAUCUAUGGCCCAUACCCAAUGGUACGCUAUGCUCUGAGGAAACGAGGCUGGAUUGAGUUUGAGUACAAGAUUCCCAAGGGCAUCCUGGCAAACCGGCAGCGCAAGAAGCGCAAAAAGAAGCCACCCGCAAUCCAGACGAGUCCCGAGAAGAAUGUGUCGACCACAACCACCGGUGUUAGCGGUGGAGAAGCAAAGAGCAAGAAGGCGGAUCAGUCUGCAGAGGCCGGCAGCAGUGAUAGCGAUGAUGGUGACAGUGGUGAUGAUGGUGGUGACAGUCCCGCUGAUGCGGACCAGCCAGAGCCGUGUCCUCGCCUGCUUGGCUAUGAGCCAAUGAGCAAGACAGAGGAAGAAGAGUGGGGAAUGCUGUCCCGUGCCGUGCGCAACGAACAUCCGCAUUUCAUUUGGACCAUGAUGAAAGAGGACAUUGACUUCAAGAUGCUCUAUAAGGACCAGUAUAUCAAUCAUUUCCGUGAAGGACAUGCUUUCACCACCAAGGUUGGUAUUUGUAAGAAUCUCCGGCAGCUGAGCUGGUCUUGUCAGCAGAAUUCCGAUGAGUUCUUCCCACGGUGCUACGUUCUCAGCUCCAAGGACGACCGCGACGAGUUUGUAGAUAACUAUCGACUGACAGCUGCCGCGUCCAUCCUGAAGUCGUUCUGCAGCGGUCGCAAUGCUGCCGACCAGACCUGGGCCAGCACCAGCUUUGCUAAGAGACGCCAGCAGGAGAGGCGCGCCGGCCGACGCAAGAAACGAGUGAGUAACGAGUCCUGCAAUGCCGGUGUUAGCCCUAGUGCCAGUGAUGCUGCUGCUGCUGACGGUGCCGAUACCAGCUCAUCAAGCAAUUCCAGUCCUGACUCCUCACCCAAUGUUCCACGCAAGUGUGCAAGUAAACUGGACAGCAGUAACAGUGACACUGGCCUUCACACCACCGCGUCCUCCACUAGCGUUCUCCGUGCUGACCUGGACUCCGAUGGGCGGCCCCGUGCCGAGGAGAGGGCUGUCCGGCUUGCCGUGGAGGCUUGUGAGCUGUUCCUCUGCCAGCAAGAACAUGAUGACAUUGAUGAAGAAAAGGAUAAUAAACUGUCCGAUGCUGAGUGGGACUAUGUCAUCGGACAAUUCUAUCUCAUAUGUCACUACAAUGCCCUGCUGGAGGACGUGUCUGUGGAGUUGGAGCAGCGGGCAACACAAGCCCUGGACCAGAUGAAGGAGAUCUUACCACAACUCCAUUCGGACGGGAUAAGGAACAUCUGGAUUGUAAAGCCUGGGGCACAGUCGCGUGGCAGAGGUAUCGUGUGCAUGGACCGUCUGGACAAGAUCCUCUCACUGGUCAACAGCAACACCAUCAUGAAGGAGAGCAAAUGGGUCGUGCAGAAAUACAUCGAACGUCCAAUGCUCAUCCACGGCACCAAGUUUGACAUUCGCCAGUGGUUCCUGGUGACUGACUGGAACCCACUCACACUCUGGUUCUACAAGUCCAGCUAUCUGCGCUUCUGUGGCCAGCAGUUCACCUUGCUCGACUUAUCCGCUGGUGUACACCUCGCUAACAACGCGAUCCAGCGGCACCUACAGGUAGACAACAAGCGAUCACCUGACCUGCCUGAUGACAACAUGUGGUCCAGCGACCAGUUCAAGCAAUACCUGACUGAGAAUAGCCAGGGCGACAAGUGGGACUCAAUCUACACAGGCAUGAAAGAUGCAAUCAUCGGCACGCUUCUCUCCAUGCAGGACAUUGUCGAGUGCAGGAAGCAUUCCUUUGAACUGUUCGGUGCCGACUUCAUGCUAACUGAAGACUAUCGCCCAUGGCUGAUUGAGAUCAACUGCAGUCCGGCACUAUCAGCCACUACACACGUCACCGGCAAGCUAUGUGCUGCAGUCGUGGAGGACACAAUGAAAGUGGUGCUGGAUCGCAGAUGGAACAAGAAAGCGGACACGGGUGACUUUGAGCUGGCUUUCCGGCGGCCGUCAAUAUCAAUGCCAUCCUACGUUGGCGCGCAGUUGACAGUGGAAGGACAUCACAUGAAACUACAGCGCCAGUAGCCACCACAACAGGCAUGAUAUAAUUAUGUGGCUGGUGGGCGACUGGAGCCUAAGCCCGCUGCCCACACAUGCCUAGAACACCCAGUACAUGUACAGGUGCGUGCUGCACGCCCAGGACAACGGUUGCGAUACGCAUUGUACAUGUGCGUGCUGCACGCCCAGGACAACGGUUGCGUUACGCAUUUGCACUUGUCCUGGACAGCCAGUCUGCGUGCAAUUGCGUGUUGCAAUGCGCACCAUCGAGGAGUUUUCAGCCUUCACUUCCACGUCGUCAUACUGGCAACCCAUGCACUGUCUGGUGCAGUGCACCUGGUCUGCAUGUACAGUAGCUACUAGUACUAGUACCGGUUCAUCUACAACGUUACAUCACCGUCUUGAAUCUGACAGAACACUGCUUGAAAAAGUCUACAGUACGUUGCCUUAACUCUAACCAAAACGUGCACCCAAAGAACUUGACGUACACCUUUCUUUCUUUCUUUUAUCGAACCACGAUCCCUGUAACCCGAUAUCACACGUAUAACCGCUGAUUCCAAUUCUAAAAGUAGUCUAGUUACCGAUUCCCGUUCAGAUGCAUUGAUUUUCUCCCGCAGUAGCUACCUACUAACUUAUGUCCAGGAAGUAUUACCAGUCCCUAUUACUACCAUUAGCCACAGAGAAUAUCCAACACUACAGCUAGGAAAAUAACAGACUGGCGAAAACAAGUACAAUGCAUUGUGUGUUUCGUAUAACCUUCUAUUUCUUGUCUCAGAAAUUUGCCAACAAUCGGUCGUGUUCAAGCUUAUCUCUUCAGAGCAAUUGUACACUGCCCCACAGGUCUAGACGCCCAGCAUCAUGAUAGUGUUUUCUAUUGCAUGGAUUACAGUAACAGUGCAUCGCCCACUGUAGCCGGAACCACUAGCUGUACAGUGUACAGUGUACUGAUCUUGUAUGCCAAUCACUAUGUACUAGUACAUGA